GAUUCUUUUUUCGUUUUCCUAAGCCUCCCAAUGUCUAAAAGUAAAAAGUUUAGUUUGAAACUUCUCGUGGAUGAGAAGAGAAACAAAGUUGUUUUGGCUGAGGCGGAUCAUGAUUUCGUGGACGUGCUCAUCAGCCUUUUGAGUCUACCAAUGGGAAAAAUUGCUAGAUUGCUGGAGAGUCAUAAGGAUUUGCAGACAGUCCUAGCUUGUUAUCAAAACCUUAACAGAAGCGUUGCAGAUAUGGGCAUCGAACAUUUUGAGACUGAAGCUUGCAAGAGUAUGUUACUGUCUCCCAAGAGUUCUUAUGAGAUUCACUGUAGAAAGCUCAAGCUGAAUAUGGGUGAUACUGAUGCCACCAAGUUCUUUAUAUGCUCAAAUUAUCUUAGUGAUGAUAGUACUUGCGGCCAUGUAUACAGCAAUUUUAACACCUCAACAUGUCGUUGUGGAGAUAGGAUGAGCACUCGGAUUUUUACAUCAGAAGAAGAUCAAGGUGGAGAAGAGUUUGGAAAUAGUGUAGAUGGAGUGUUUGUCAAUUGCAGAUCCUCAUUCAUUGUGACUGAUAAUUUGAAAGUAUCAGUGAACUCUAUUGGUGUUAUCAUGAAUGUUCUUAAUGAUCAAGGAUACACUGAUUUUAGUGAUCUUCAAGAAACCCUACUUGACAUAGGGUUCGAAGAGGUGCUGACUCUUUUGGGAUGUUUUUUCACUACCGAAACUCCCUUAACAUGCGCGUUCCUGAUGAAACCUUGCAUGACCCUCAAAAUUCUAUCGCCGCAUCUUCAAAACUCGGAGAUUGUAGAACCAAGCAGUGUAUUCUCUGUGAAACUUUUUGUUAGAAAGUUUGAUAAUGAGAUUCUUUAUGCAGAGUGCAAUUCAGACUUCAUCGAUGCACUUCUCAGUUUUCUGAUCUUCCCUCUUGAGUUGAUCUGCUCAUUAUCCAGCAUUUUGGGAUGUGUCGAAAAUUUGUGCAGAAGCCCUUGUAGAAAAGCAUCAGCUUCCAAUUUCAAUCAAGUUCCUGAUUAUUAUAGUUGCAGUAGCAACACUAUGUUCGGCUAUCUCCCUUCUCCAUCACCAGUGUAUGAAUGUUUUGUUCCUCGCAAUUCUAGCGAUUCUUGGAGUUGCCAAUUAGCCAGGCAGAUUCAGUGGUCUAUGGAUCUUCUCAUAAUAAGUGGCGAUAUUGUGAAAAUGUCUCCUAACAAUCCGAAAGUAAUUUCUGGAAGUUCAUCAAGAUGUGACACCGGGUUUAUGAAGAAAAACACAAAGUUCAUUGUGUCUAAUGAUCUGAAUAUAUCUCCUAUGAAUUCAUUUUCUACUAUUGGCUUGUUGAAGAAGAUGCAGGUGAACAUCAGUGAUCUCGAGGAGCAGCAAAUUAGCAUUUCUAGAGCAGAGCUUAUCAGCAUUCUCAGAGCUUCUUUGGUCUCGUCCUCUGCAUUGACCAAUGGUCUCUCAAACUUUCUCGUGAAGAAACCAAAAAGAAGAAACUUGAAUGCCAUAAGAAACAUAAACUGAAGAAUAUGGAUGGAGUCAUCUCUGUUUCUUAGGAUCAUGUCUUACAUCUUUUAGAUUUCUGCAUUAUUUAUUUCAAGCUUCAGUUUCUUUUCUAUUUCUCUAAGAUUUUCAUUUAUUUUGGUUUGAGUUUGAUGAUUUUUCUAUAUACCUUUUUUUAAUACGUUAAGCAUUAACAAUUGCAUUU